AUGCCAUUCGGACCAAAAUCUUUGGAGGGCCGCAAGUACCCAGCAAAGGAACAUGCUAAGAGAGUAUACAAGCAUUUCAGAGAGAAGAAUGACGCCAAAAGAGUUUCGUUCUUCAUGAGCGGCGAAGACUUGGAACUCUACCAAUACUGUGAUCAGACGAAGCCUAUCCGCCAAAACAGAUACUUCUUCUACUUGAGUGGGUGUGAGGUGCCAGGCUCUCACGUUUUGUACAAUGCGGAAACUGACAAGUUGACGUUGUUCUUGCCUAACAUUGACUACGAAGACGUCAUGUGGAGCGGAAUGCCUCUUUCGAUCGAAGACGCCCUCAAGAAAUUUGACGUUGACUUCGUGAAGUACGUUGACAGCUUGGAAGAAGCCCUUCAAGCUUUGUCGUCUGAUGGAUUUACCAUUUUCACCACAGACUUCAAUAAGUGGAACGAAAAGUUCAAACGCUUCAUGACUGAACAAAGCCCAGACUUCUUCUACGCUUUGGACGAGGCCAGAAUGAUCAAAGAUGACUUUGAGAUAGAAUUGAUGAAACAUGCCUCUGCUAUCACCGACAAGUGUCAUCUUGGUGUCAUGUCAGCUACACCGAUCGAAACCAACGAGACUCACAUUCACGCUGAGUUCAUGUACCAUGCUCUUAGGCAAGGAUCGAAAUAUCAGCUGUACGAUCCUAUUUGCUGCUCUGGGCCCAACUGCUCGACUUUGCAUUAUGUGAAGAACGAUGACGAAAUAGAUAAUAAGAGAUCCAUCUUGAUCGACGCCGGUGCUGAGUGGAGUUGCUACGCUUCAGAUGUUACCAGAUGUUUCCCUAUCAAUGGUGAUUGGACAAAAGAGCAUCUUGAGAUUUACAACAUUGUGUUGAAGAUGCAAAAGGCCACUAUGGCCCUCAUCAAGCCUGGUGCGAGCUGGGACGACAUUCAUCUCGAAGCACACAAGGUCAUGAUCAGAGAGUUCAUUAAUUUGGGGAUUUUCAAGAACUUUCCAGAAGAGGAAAUCUUCGACUCUAACAUCUCGGCCCGCUUCUUCCCCCAUGGUUUGGGCCAUUUGCUAGGUAUGGACACACAUGACGUGGGUGGAUACCCCAACUACGAAGACCCAGAUCCAAAGUUGAGAUACUUGCGGUUGCGCCGUAACUUGAAGGAAGGUAUGGUACUCACUGAUGAACCUGGAGUCUACUUCUCGCCCUUCUUGUUAAAGGAUAUUUUGGAGGACGAGACCAAAAUGAAGUACAUCAACAAAGACGUGCUUGACAAGUACUGGUACAUUGGCGGUGUUAGAAUUGAAGACGACUUACUCAUCACCCGUGACGGAUUUGAAAACUUUACGAAAAUCACAUCCGACCCAGCGGAGAUAACGAAGAUCAUUAAAGACAGCAUUGCUAAGGGUAAGGAGCAUUUCCAUAAUAUUGUAUAG